AGGUUCCUUUGCGUUGCAAAAACGCAAUUAGGUUGAAGGCAUCCUUUUUUGGUCUCGUGGUUGCAGGAAAGGUAGGUGUGGACGUUGAAAAUUGAAAACUGAUAUCCCUGCGUCGCUGUAAUUGGAAGAAAAAAGAGCAUAAGAGUGCACCAUUGGCUCCAUGGCAAAUGCUCUUAAUUAUGCCCAGUAUUUUUUUACUUCUACCGUGAUCUUUACAAAAUCACGUUACAACUUUUUCUAUUUGACAAAUCUUUGCGGGGAGCAAUGUCGUGCCCGCUUGAUAUUGUCGGCUCCGGCAUGAUCAAGUUGCUGAACAUUUUUCGUCGCUGCGGAAGCGUAGGUUUAUUUCUUGUACUUCUGCCACGGGUCGCAAACGCAAACUAAAACUUUCCAACGUGCAGAAUUGUUUAAAAAACAGAUUGGUAUGAUGUAGCGAUCUUUAUUCUUUUGAGCGAAAAUGAGGUCCUCUCAGAAGGCCUUCUUCCCCGCACCCACGGAAAUUCGUCGUGGGUCGUGCGGUGAACAACUUGGAUAGCACUAGCCUUGGCCCGAAGGCGGAAACGGAAACCGAAACAAAGACACCAAGGAGGGGACUCUUUCACCUGUAUUGUCAUCAUACAGUGUAGUAGUUCCGGCGUAGUUGUUGUCUCGCCUCUUACGUCGAGCUUUUUCUUUUCUCAGAACUGAAUUGACAAGGAACUCGCUUGGUUUGCAUGCCCUUGCUAGACUUUGUGAAUGAUCUCGCAAGAAGAAAAGGGUUGUGAUUGAAUGUGGCACCAACGAAAACUACGAAAUUGUACUUAUCAGGUAAGGCCCCUGAGCAGUAGGACCAUCCUGCCCAGAAUGGUGACCAUCGCCCAGUACACGCUGGCCGGCACCCUGGGGGUCGGCACUUUCGGGAAAGUCAAACUUGCGGAGCAUGCGUUGACCGGGGAGAAGGUUGCGGUCAAGAUUAUCAACAAAUUGAAGAUGGAAAGCAUGAACAUGCAUGAGAAAAUCCGACGAGAAAUCACAAUACUGUAUUCACAAAGUUUAUAAUUUUGGUUGCUUUUUCCUUCCUUUUUCCUUCACGCGUGGAAUCAAUUAUUUCUCGUACUCAUACAGAGCGAGUAGAAUGAGGAAACCUGCAGCUCCUGUUGCAGAGCAGCGUUACAAGUAGUUGCAAAUGAUCAUUGCACGUUCUUAUCCAGGCAACUCUUGAAGCACCCGCACGUUAUUCGGCUGUACGAAUUACUGGACACGCCCUCCGAUUUGUUUAUGGUGAUGGAGUACGCUGUGCAAAAGUAGUAUCGCAGUCGUAGCAAUCGCAAUGCUGCAGUACUAUGCUGCAGAUCUGCGUUCUUAUACCGGAAGCUGCAAGACAUAUUUCAACAUUUUUCCAUGUGCAAAAAUAAUUUGUCAUGCAACUACUGCUACCGCGAUACGUUUUCCAUUCAUACACAGUACGUCCCCGGCGGGGAGCUUUUUGACCACAUCGUGCACAAACUGCGGCUCCGAGAGUCCGAGGGGCGCCGGUUCUUCCAGCAGAUUAUCUCUGGCAUGGAAUACUGCCACCAGAACAACUAUCCUCGGAAAAAAGAUUGCUUUCGACGUGACUUUUAUUUGAUGCGGACAACUAUGCAAGGUGAUGGCUGCGUCUGUCAUAGUACGGGUAAAAUGCAUAUUUGUAGGCGCGCCUAGUCAGGCGCUUUUGCACGUGGUACUUUCGGCACAUGACAUUUUUUUGCCGUCAUGCAGUACAGAUUUUUGAUGGUGUUCCUCAUCUACAUCAAAAGUUACACUACAUCCACACUUUUUUUCCCUGCAUAACAAUGUGGUGCACCGCGACUUGAAGCCGGAAAAUUUGCUUUUGGACACCAACUAUCAAGUGCAAAUAUGUCUGGGUCUGGAAGAGUGUGGACUUGUCAUGCAGGUUUUCCAUGACUCAUGAGGUCUGGAAUGCGGGACCUAGCAUGACAGACUCUGUGAGGUCUCUGUCAUGCCUAUCCUGCGUGAGAAACUCCAUCCCAACUUGGUCGAAAGUGGGCAGCUUCUAGCACUCAUGCAACACAGAUUUGUGCAUGAUUCAGAUUUACCAUGGCAGGUUGCAAUCUUCCAGACCCAGACAUGUUUGCAAUCCAUACCAAUCUGCACGUGAAAAUCGCGGAUUUCGGCCUGUCGAACCGCAUGAAGACCGGCGAGUUCCUGAAAACUUCUUGCGGGUCACCCAACUACGCCUCCCCGGAGGUGGUGUCUGGCAAGGCGUACGCGGGUCCCGAGGUGGAUGUUUGGUCGUGCGGAGUGGUCUUGUACGCCCUGCUCUGUGGGUCGCUGCCCUUCGACGACGAGAACGUGCCGAACCUGUUCCGGAAAAUUAAGCACGGUAACUUUACCCUUCCGGGCCACCUGACCAACGAAGCCAAGGACCUCAUCGUGCAGAUGCUCGUAGUGGACCCGACGAAAAUACGGAAAGCGGAAAGCAAUCUGUUCUUUCCAUGAGAGAUGAAGGCUCUUCUCGUUUAAUUUUCGUCCGAUGUGCUGUGGUAAUGUUUUAGUAGGUCUGCUGUCGCUUUCGCACGCAAGGAAUGUAGCCUUUGUGUUAGUUAUGCGUGGAGGUCGUGAGAAAUAAUCUACUAGAUGAGCAAGGAAGAAGAUGACAACUGUGUCUUGAAGACAAUUGACUUGCAAUGGCUUAUGCUGCAUAUGCCAGACUGCUCCGAAUGAAGAUCUGAUGGGUAAUGAGGACCAUUGCUUUUCUUGGGAUACGAACGGAUCAACUUCCCGCAAAUCAGAGGGCACAAGUGGUUCAAGGUAAGAAGGUGGAACGACGACAAAGAAAUCGUAGAAGAUGCUGACUAGACGCACUCUUUUCUUUAUGCUGCAGUGAUAUUGAUGGAAUUUGGUAUUUCUGAAUCUAAGUCUUGUAGUCAAAACGCACGUGAUGAUCGAUUGUUCUACCACGAAAUUGAAAAUGUAAACGCAAUUCUAUUCUUAGGUCAACCUCCCCGACUACCUCCGCGCUGGUCCGGUGUUGCUCCGGGGCGCCUCGAACGCGGUGCUAGACGACCAGAUUAAGCGGGACAUGGAUGAGCUGGGGAUCAGCAUGGACCAGAAAAUUCUGGUGGAAGACCUGAAGUCGGAGGAAAAAGUUGUGUAUCAUUUGCUUCUGAACCGACGAAGCCGGCGCUCGAGCUUCACGGAUUUGCUGCCAAUUUCGCACCGAAACGCAAGCAAGGCGCCCGUCUUCAUGACGGAGCAGCAGUCUAGAGAUCUGGUAAGUAAGUACGCUGUUUUGAUCUUUUUCUGGCUGGACAAAAUUUUUACACUAUACCCGGUGAGAAAAUACUAGUCGCACUACCAGUAGGUGUGAUUUGUAGCAUCGAGCUCGUAUACUUGUCGCCAGGAAUACUUCUUCUACCACCCAACGUUGAUAUGGGUGUAGAUGUCGAAUACCGUAACUACCUCCAGGCGAAGGCGUACGGGUUUGAUCGGGUGCCGCCGGUGAUUCCCGCGGCAACUGGGUCGGAUUCCCGAUUUCAGCGGGGGCAAUCCGGACCGCACACGAUCAAUAUUCCGCAGAACGUCGUGUCGCAGACUUGGGGGCCGAGCCGGUGGCGGCUGGGUUUCGAAUUCACCUUGGAGUCGCUGAUGCUGCUGCGGGAAGUGUUCUCGAGCAUGUUCACGAACGAGUUUGAGUGGUGCUGCCUCGCACCGUGGCGCUUCCGCUGUCGAAAGAAAAUUCCGAUCGCGGAGAGCCGGGAACUACAAGCAGCGACGCAGCCAGGAGACGCCUCGGGAACGAACACGAACAACAGCGCCUUGAACAAAUCUGGAACGGCGUCGCAACAGCGAGGACCGAAAGUGGCGUUCGACCCGCCGGACCGAACGGGGAAUGCGAAACAGGCGUCGGCCGCGAAAGCGGGGGAGCCGCAGACGGGUGCGGCGGCAACCGCAGUGGUGAAACAACCGGACAAUGCGGGCGCGGGCGGUGCUGCGUCACCUACAGCUGCUGCGCACCACCUGAAGGCCAACCCAGCAGUGCAGGUGCAAAUUUACAAGAUCAACACCGGCAGAUACCUCCUGGACGCCGUUCUUCUGGUCGAACAGGGCUACGCGACCUUGCCAGGCACCCUGGCCGUGCUGCAGGUCAUGCAGAUUUUUCUGGCCAACACGAAUUUGCAGCAAAAUCUGAUAUCCGACCAGUCCUCCGACUCGAGCCGUCGGCGCGCCGCGGAACGCGAACGGCAGCGGGAUGGUCGGGGUGGCCAUGACCGCGACGGCCGGGGGCACCGUGAUCACCGCCAACAACAGGGACAGGGUGUCGUUUUGCCCGAAAUCCUAUCGCAAGGGAAAUAUGAAACUUCCGCUCUUCAAUCUCGAGAGAACAGUUGUUGUGUAAUCGUCGGAUUGAUAUAUUACGCGGAGCCAGGGAUUAAAUCCACAUCCACUAUCAUGAUUCGUGUUGAAGGGAGGUGCAGCUCCGAGACUUCAUUUUUCCUGAUGUUUUCGAAAGGCGAAGAUUUACGUAUGGACUCAGCCGUGAGCUGCAGAAACGUAGUUUCUCGAGACUGCUGGGGUUGGGGUAUUUCCUGAUGAUAAGUGCCUGCACGUGGGAGAGCGCCCUGA